AAUAGAAGCAAACUGUCGAGUGUAUCAUCACAGGGCAGUACCAGUGAUGAGGUGACAUUUGAUGACUUCCAGAUAUUAAGGGCCAUCGGAAAGGGUAGCUUUGGAAAGGUAUGUAUAGUACAGAAAAGGGAUACACAGCAGAUGUAUGCCAUGAAAUACAUGAGCAAAUCCCAGUGCUUGGAAAGGGAUGCCUUCAGAAAUGUGUUGCGAGAAAUUGAAUUAUUAGCACGUCUUGAACACCCAUUUAUCGUCAACUUAUGGUUCACUUUUCAGGAUGAGGAGGACAUGUUUAUGGUGGUCGACCUAUUACUUGGCGGUGAUCUACGCUAUCAUCUCCAACAGGACGGCUGUUUCAGCGAAAAACGUGUACUACUUUACGUAUGCGAAGUAUCAUUGGCUUUAGAUUAUCUACACUCACAGAGCAUAAUGCACAGGGAUAUAAAACCAGAUAAUUUACUACUGGAUGAACAGGGUCAUGUACAUAUAACCGAUUUCAAUAUUGCCAUUGAAUUGGGACCCGAACCCAACCAUUUGGCCACUUCAAUGUCGGGCACGAAGCCGUAUAUGGCACCUGAAGUCUUUGAGUGUGCACUCGACUACAACAUUGGCUACUCGUUUCCGGCCGAUUGGUGGUCAUUGGGCUGCUGUGCCUACGAGAUGCUGUACGGCCAGCGGCCAUACGAUAUACACUCGACUACACCAUUGGAUCAGAUAUUGACAAUGCAAAAACAAAAAUACCAGUGUCUUCAACAACAGUUUACCGGCGGCGGUGGCGGCGGCGGCGGCACUACUAAUACACCACAUAUUAGCCAAUCGUGUCAACAAUUACUACAACGACUCCUGAUAUACGAUCCGACUGUACGGCUCAGUUGUAUUCAAGAUAUAAAACAAUCGGCAUUGUAUGCCAAUCUUAACUUCGAUAGUGUACUCCAGAGACGGGAAACACCAGAGUUUCAGCCGCCAAAAGAUCAGCUAAACUGUGAUCCGACCUUUGAGUUGGAAGAGAUGAUCAUCGAAGCGAAUCCAUUGCACAAAAAGAAGAAACGAUUGCAAAAACAACAAUCAAUGAAACGGAUAGCCAUUGAUAGGCAAAAUAGUUUACUAAUUAGUAGUGGUAGUAGUGGUGGUGGUGGUGACACCAACUAUGGUGAUGGCGGUGCCGAUGAUGGAGUAGUGGAACAGCUAUCGGCAAUGGAAAAGUGCCUGGAGUCUAUACAACAACAGUUUAUUGUCUAUAAUAGGGAAAAAGAAAUGCAUCGAAAGAAGAUGGAGGAGAGAGAGCGGCUCUGGGAGGAAGAGCUACAGAAAGUCAUUGAUGACUAACCAGAAAAAAAACUCCAUAAUUACAGGCCAUAUACCAGU